GAUGUCAUGCUUUUAUCUCGGAGAUGUAGAGUUCAGCCAAGCUGUAAAAAUAUGCCUGAUUGCUAAGAUUUCGCCUCGCAUUUAAGAGAGAGAGCGAGAGAGAGAGAGAGAGAGAGAGAGAGAGAGAGAGGGAAAGAAACCUGUUUAGUACCUCCAGGGAGAGGAAGUAGGUAGACCAGAAAGGUACCACAGCCUCUGGAGUGGGAGCAAGUGACAAAGGUAAUUUGAAUUCACUGUGAAUGUAUGCAGAUGGUGUCUCAGUGCUGAUGCACCUUACAGUCUUGCACUUGGCGUAAAGGGGGAGGGUUUCUCUAUUGUCAUGGUCUGUUAUCUGCAAAAGAAGGGGUCCUGUGUUAAAUGAGGUAGGUGGUGUUCGUAAUCACAAAAAGUGGGCAAUAUUCGGGGCGCAGCUCUAGUUUGUCAUCCAUUGUUAAGCGGGGAGAACAUGAGGAGGGAGAAGGGGUCUCUUCUGUAGAGCUGGAGAAGACUUGGACUGGACGUAGACUUCGCUGCUUCUGUGCUACUGUGGUCCUGUAGAGCUGGAGAAGACUUGGACUGGACGUAGACUUCGCUGCUUCUGUGCUACUGUGGUCCUGUAGAGCUGGAGAAGACUUGGACUGGACAUAGACUUCACUGCUUCUGUGCUACUGUGUGCCAAGGAUGAGGACUGUGGACGUCCAUAGCAUAUUGCUGUGUUUGGUUCUUGUGAAUUGGAUAAGCAUGGCGAGCACCACACAUUCAGAGUGCUCUAUCGUACAGCACCUGCAGAAACAAGAGAACGAGUGUGUGCUUGCCAUCAAUAAAGCCAAGGAACAACAUCCCUCCUCAGCCAAUAGGACUCUCUCUCUCUCACACACACACACACACACAAACAUACACACUCACACACACACACACUAUCGUACUGUGUGUGUGUGUACAUAUCUCUAUGUAUGCCCAGGCUGUGUCAUGGAGUGGGACGGUGUCAGCUGCUGGCCGUGGGCUCCGGUCGGGGAGACGGUGUCUGUCUCCUGUCCUCUGCCUCUGCAGCGCCACGACUUCCCUCAAGUUCUCAUCUCAAGGAACUGCAGCCGUCGGGGCUGGAGCCGACUCAGCGUGUCCUACUUCAAAGCCUGCUUCCACGAGGACAGCAGCGCCGAGGAGGACGACGCAGCAGACCAGCAGGAGUACUUUGCCCUGGUGAAGCUGAUGUACACCAUUGGAUAUGGAGCAUCUCUAGGCUCCCUCUGUGUGGCCAUGAUCAUCUUCCUCACCUUCAGGAGGCUCCUGUGCCCCCGCACCUACAUACACCUGAACCUGUUCUCCACCUUCAUCCUGCGUGGAGUUGCUGUGUUUGUGAAGGACGCUGUCCUGUUUGAGGACAAGACACUUGACCACUGCACCGUCUCCACGGUGGGGUGUAAGGCUGCGGUGACGUUCUUCCAGUAUUGUGUCCUGGCCAACUUCUUCUGGCUCCUGGUGGAGGGCUUGUUUCUGCAGACACUUCUGAUCUUCUCCUUUGCCAACAAGAGAACAUUCUUCUGGUGGUAUACAUUCAUAGGAUGGGGAACGCCCUCAGUAACGAUUGUGAUUUGGACCUUGCUUAAAAGCCAGUACGACAAUUUAGGGUGCUGGGAUGAUUUCGGCAGCGCCCUCUGGUGGAUCAUUAAAGCACCCAUCCUGAUAUCUGUGUUUGUGAACUUCAUGGUGUUCGUGAACAUCAGUAGGAUCAUAGUGAUGAAGACGAAGACACCUGACUCCACUGGGGGAGACAAGCCGCUGUACAGGCGACUAGCAAAAUCGACCUUGCUGCUGAUCCCGUUGUUUGGGGUGCACUACGUCGUAUUCGCCCUUUUUCCGGAGCAUGUGGGAAUAAAAGCUCGGCUUCUUUUUGAACUGGUUCUUGGCUCUUUCCAGGGUUUCAUUGUGGCACUGUUAUACUGCUUCCUGAAUGCUGAGGUUCAAAAUGAAAUCAGAAAAGCUGUAAGCAAGUGCUGGAAACCGAGUGAAGGUAACAACUUUAACAUGGUGACUCAAGACUUCACAGCCUAGAGGGAGAGAUAUCAUGAGUUGAUGUGUAUCUGUAGUAUCUAUAACUAUGAUGUGUAGUUAGGUAUACUCUCUCUCUCUCUCUCUCUCUCUCUCUCUCUUAUUCUUCUGGGUUUUGUUCAGUAUCAUCAUACCUGAAGCUGAAAAUGUUUAAACUUGUGUAUGUAUUUGACUGUUAUCGAUGUGCAAAGGGCAACACUAUUUAUUCACCAGUGUUUUUACUCCAUUUAGUUAUAUUGAUCCAGCUGUCAAGCGUAACUCAUGACAAUUUUUUCAGUGGGUUUGUGCUGAUAUUAAUGCAAUCAUUUAGAGUCCACAAUAUGUCAUUUGGGUAGAUGGAUAGAUAGAUAAUUAAAUAGAUGUUUAAGAUAGUUUUGUAACGAUUUCCAA